AUAUCGGAAAAUAGUUUAAACCGUGUUUAUCUUUUGGGUGCCGUUCAUAAUAAUUUGCCAUCACGCAAGCUGCCUAAAAAUGGCGACGUUUUGAAUUAUUUUAUGUUUAAGUAUAAGAUCUUAAAGAAGACAGUUUGUGAAUGUGCUGCAGAGAUUAUAGAUGAAGUUCAAGAAAUUUGGAGUGAUAUGAAUACACCAUUGAUAAAACAUCAACAUGCAAUUAAAAAAAUGGAAAUGCUAUUUACAGAAUGGAGAAAUUUAGAUAAAAGUCGACUUAAAAAACAUUCGGAGUUUCAUCUGUUGAAAAUAAAAAAAUUUACUGAUAAACUAAAUGAAUUAUUUGAUGUGAGAUUAAAAAAAGAUAUAUCUCAUGACUCCUGUCCUGAAAAACUGUUUUCGUUAGUAAGAAGAAGUAAAGGCCGGUUAACACCAAUACCAGAUGACGUAGAAGAUGAAAGUUUUCCUCUUGAACCAAUAGAGAACGAUAUUGAUGAAAAUGUCUUAAGUCAAGCUUUAUCUGACACAUCUAUUUCUUUUGAAGAAUUGAGCAGAUCAUCUUCUAAUGAUCCAGCACCAAUUAUGAGGGGCACCGAAAUUCUACUUCUUUUUCUGAGACACGUCCGAAUAAUUGCUGCCAUUGCCGUAUUUAUUCAUAUUUCUUCGUGA